AUGGGCGUGGGAAAAGGGGAGGAGGCGGAGAAAAAGCACCACAAGGAUACUAGGGGCGGUUCGGGAGCCAUCCCCGACAGCCGAUAUCUCGGACGCAACUGGCAGUUCUACGAUGCACGUCAUGCUCGUCGAAGAGGUAAUUGAGA